GGGGGAGAAGGUCAGUGGGAGCCACCUUGAUGAGAAGUGGCGGGAUAUUCUCUCCUUGCCUCCACCCUUUCUCGACUCAAGGCUUGAUACUGCAAGGCGUGUCCAGGGCUCAGCUCAUGUGAUGGAGAAGGAGGGGAAGGCAGAAGGGAGGACCAAGGAGGAGGUUUUCCUUUUUCCUUUUUUUUAAAGGAGUUUGCAGAAAGCCACUGGGUUCCUUCAUUCGCAGCCUGAGCGCUCUCCUGAGUGGCCGAGACUGAGGAGGAGGGCGCAGCUGCCUGGACAUCUUUAUUAUUGCUAUCGUAUCUUCUCAUUCCUAAGCGGGAAGCGUCGGAUCUGGACGGGAGAGGUGAGAGACAGACAGAGCCGCAAAGCAGCCGCUCGCCACACAGCAAAGAAGAACCAUGGGAGCGGGUAGCUCUGCAGAGCAGCGGAGCCCGCAGGACGGGGCCAUUGCUGCAGGAGAGUCCCAGUCUACCAGUCCCGAGAGAGAGACGCCAACAGCGGAGGUGGCCGAGCCUGAACAGCCGGAGGACUCCGCCAAGCUUUUGCAGAAGAAUGGACAAAUAUCCAGUAUUAAUGGCAUUACAGAAGAACAAGUGGAGCUCAGCCUUAAAUCAGAAGAGCUGAAAAAGGAGCAGGGAGAAGCAGUCAUAACAGACGUUGGACAAAGAGAAACUGCAAAUGUGAUUCUAAAAGAGGAGUCAUCUGAAAAUAUGGAGACCAAGCCACAAGAAUUUACCAAUAAAACUAAUGUAGAUGAUGAACAGAAAGAUACACAAGAUGCUGAUGAACAGUUGCCAUUAUCAGAAGAAAAAGUGGAAGAGCAGACACAACCUUGUGAAUCUCCAUCAUCAAAUGAUGUUGGAUUUAAAAAAGUUUUUAAGUUUGUUGGAUUCAAGUUUACUGUUAGAAAGGAUAAGACAGAAAAAGCAGAACCUGUUCAGUUGUUGAAUGUGAAAGCUGAUGCAACAGAAUUAGUAUCAGAAGGAGCUGGAGAUUGUAAAGAAAUCAAGAUAGAUACAGUGGAGGAAGAAACACAAAAUGAGACUCCCUACCCUAUAGAAAAGACUGAGCAAGAAACUCAGACUGAGCAAACAAAAGAAGUAGCUUCCCCUGAAAAGAUACCAGAAUGCCCUGUUGAAGCAGGAAGCAAGGAGGCAGAAAUCAAAAGUGAUGGUAGCAAAUCUCCAGAGUCUCCAACAAGCCCACUAACUAGUGAAACAGCAUCACCCCUAAGAAAGUUCUUUACCCAGGGUUGGGCUGGGUUUAGGAAAAAAACAAGCUUCAGGAAACCUAAAGAAGAACAGCAAGCAAUUGAGAAAGAAAAAGAGGAGCAAGAAAAAGAAGUGAUAAAAGAAGAAACUGGUCUUAGAGAAGAAUUAGAAAAAGAAAAACCCAUACCAGAAAAAGAAAGGCAAGAAGUAUUUGUACAAGCCAGCAAUGCAAAAGUAGAAAGAGAAGGAAGAAAAAUGGUAGAUGCUGCAAUAGAAACACAUAAGAAAGAAGCUGUUGCUCCCUGUGAACAGACACCAUCCCAACUGUCUGCUGGAAGUGUAGACAAAGGAUCUGAGAUAAGCUUGAAUAAGAUUGACUUGGAGGAAAAAGUAGAUCCUGUGCAAGAAUGUCUAAUGGCCAUAGAGCAGAGCACUCUUGCAUCAUGUGAGGAAAAAACUUUGGCAACUGAAGUAUUUGAAGAAAAAAUAGAUCAAUCUGAACCAACUUCUCCAAUGGCAAUAGAAAUACCUGAAGAACAUUUUGAAAUAGUUGAAGUUAUAUCUGAAUCAAAGGCUCCUGUUGCAGUGGAAUAUUUCGACGAAAGACCCACAGAGAUAAACACUGAUGUUAGCAUCAUUGUGAAGAAAGAAGAACCAAAAAUUGAAAAAGGAGAACUUGUUCUUGUACAGUUAGUUGAAACAAAUGCUGAGAUUCAAAGAGGACAAUCCAUUGAUGAGCAGCUAAAAGUCAAAGAAACCUUACCUGAAUUAGUGAAUAAACAGCUCAAGCAAAUCAAAACAAGCAGUGGAGAUUCAGCAACAAUGAAAUCUCCAGAAGUAAUCACAAAUGAAGUUGAAUUACUUUCAUCUCAAGAAAGAGCCAAGGUACAAGGCAGCCCCUUAAAAAAGCUUUUUACUGGUACAAACUUAAAGAAGUUGUCAGGAAAGAAACAUAAGGGAAAAAGAGAAGAAGCAAAGCUAGAAGAAGCAGAACAAAUACAGCAGUUGUCUGAUUCUGCAGAAAGUCCAGAAGAUCCAAGGGCAGAAAGCUCUGCUUCUUCCCCUGAAGAAGCAACAGAAUCUGUAGAAAAGGUUAUAGAUGCAGCACAGACCACUGAAACUGAAGAAGGCUUUAUUUCAGAUAUAGAGAAGAAAAGAGAAAGUGUUACACCUUGGGCUUCCUUUAAAAAAAUGGUGACUCCCAAAAAACGGGUAAGGAGGCUUUCUGAAAGUGACAAAGAAGAAGAACUUGAUAAGGUAAAGAGUGCUACUCUGUCUUCAACUGAAAGUGCACCUUGUGAAGAGCAGGAAGGUGAGGAACAAAAAUUUGAAAAAAGCACAGAUGAGCCCAAGAGAAAGGUUGAUACUUCUGUAUCAUGGGAAGCCUUAAUUUGUGUAGGAUCAUCUAAGAAAAGAACUAGAAAAUCAUCAUCUUCUGAUGAAGAAGUAGGACAAAGACUUGCUCAAGAAGGACAGAAAAUAGAAGAAAGUGGGCCACAUAAAGAAACAGCACAGAACAUGACCAUUAGUAGUUCACAAGAAAGUGACCAAGGACAAGGAAGUUCUUCACCAGAACAAGCUGGAAGCCCAUCUGAAGGUGAUGGAGUUUCAACAUGGGAGUCCUUUAAAAGACUAGUAACCCCAAGAAGAAAAUCUAAAACAAAGAUGGAAGAAAGAAAUGAAGAAUCUGCCACAGUUCCAAGUUUAGAGCAUUCUACUUCAGAUGGAGAUUCUGGAAAAGAAGAAUCCUGGGUUUCAUUUAAAAAACUAAUGCCUACUCGAAGGAAGAAGAAGUCAGAUGGAAUAUCAGAACAUGCUCCUGUUCAGGAAGCUGGAGAAGAAACAAGUGAAACUAACGAGGAUGACUCUGAUGUUCCAGCUGUUGUUCCUUUAUCAGAGUAUGAAGCUGCUGAACAAGAGAAAUUAGAAGCUCAAAAGGCAAAACAAGAUGAUAUGACUAAGAAAACUUCAGACCAGAAAACUGAAAAGCCAGGAAGUACUUCAGUUACUGAGCAGUCCAAUGAAGGACUAGUUCAUGCAGUUACUGUUACAAUGGUAAAAGGGGAGAGAGCAGUUACAAGUAUCGAAGAAAGGUCACCGUCUUGGAUAUCAGCUGCUAUGACAGAAUCUAUUGAACACGCAAAUGAAGCUGAAGAGAAACCUGUUGAGCAGAUCUCUGAAACUGGAACUGUUGAAGAAAAAGUGGUGGUUACUAAACUCAUGCCAGAAAUUAGAAAGGACAUUAGUGGUGACACUAUAAUCAGUGAGGUGGAGUUAACCUCAGAAGCAGUUACAGCUAGAGAAGAAACUUCAAGUGUUGAAGCAACUGAAAUAUCCUGUGCUGAAGAGACAACUGAAAUGGUUUCAGCAGUUUCAAGGCUAACUGAGUCCCCUGAUACAACAGAAAUAGCAACACCUGUGCAGGAAGUAGAGGAAAGUCAGCAAAACCUAGAAGAAUUAAAUAAACAAACACAGGAAAAUCUGAAAGAAGUUGCUGAAAGAGUUAAAUUGUCCAGUGAAGCACAGCAGAUUAGUAAAAGGGUGACACAAGUAAUAAUUCAACCAGUGUCAGUAGAGAAAACUGGGCAAGAAACUACGGUCAUAUUUCAAGAGGCUGAAUUGGCUGAACCACCCUUAAAGGAAGAAGAACAUGAGAAGACUGAUACUGAAAUUAAGGAAGGCAUAGAAAGUAGUCACGGUCAAGAUGAAGUUAAAGAAAGUAGUUUGAAGAAAGUGUUCGAGAAGAGUAAUGAUAUGUGUGUGAAGGUGAAGGAAAGCUCAAAAGAGAUUGCUAACUUGGACAGAGCUGAUGAAAGUCGUGAUCCAAAGAUUAAACAAGAAAUUAUAGAAGUACAUGAAAAGAUUAUUGAAGAACAGAUGAUGGAAGAUGAAUUUGAAGAGGAAGAAUUUGUCAUUGUUACCGUAACCCCAGAAGAGGAGCCAGAAGUAAAUGUUGGUGACAUAGUACUGGAAGUCAAAACAAAUUUAGAAGAAACAGUGGAAGGCAGGAUUAAAGAUGUUGCUGUUCCAGCAAUGGACAGAUUGGCAAGAACAACAUGUGAUGAGAAGCCUCAGUUCUCCCAGAAACUUGAACAACUGGUGAACAUCAUACCUGACUUGGAAUCUGAAUUGGAGCAUACAGAAACCAUUGCAGUUGAGGUCAAGGCCCCUUUGCAAAAUGAAAUAAAAGAUGCUGAGCCUCCAUACACUGAAGUGUUUGUGCUUGAGGCAUCUACCGAGAGCAAGGUUACUGAAGUUCCAGUGCAAAAUGCAGUAGCUGAAGUCAGUGAUCUGGAUAUAGCCAAACAUGCUACACUUGACUUAAGAACAGGAAGCACAGAAGAUGCUGUAGUUGAAGCCUGCAUACAGAACAAAGACAGUGAGGUCUCUGUGGAAACUCACAUGCAGAAGGUGGAACCUGAGGGCCAACUGCCAAAAUUAGAAAUGAAGAUCUCUGUGGUAAAUGAGAAACCUGAAUUUUUCCUGCUGAAUACAGAGACACAGAACCCCACAGAGACUGUGGAAAAAGACUUGCCCACAAGAAAGGUGGAGGUCCACAACCAGAAUGUAGAGACUGAGGCCCAUAAACAGGUUAUGGAAACAAACAGCCAUGUAGAAGAGGUGGAAAUGAAGACUUGCAUACAGAGUGUAGGAGCAGAGGUCCUGGCAGAGAAGGCAGAAUUAAAGGUGGACAUGGAGCUUCCCACAGAGAAGGCAAAAGUCAUGUCCUCCUCAGAAAAAGCAGAUGUGGAGGUACACAUGAAAGAGACAGAAGUACAAAUCUUUGCAGAAAAGGCACAAGCAAAGUUGGAGGCCUAUACAGAGAAGGUGGAUGUUAAGGAAGAUGUAGAAAAGGUGGAAAGUGAAAUUACCAAAACAAAGGUAGAAAUGGAGACCUCCAUACAGAAGGUGGAAUCAGAAGCUCCCACAGAGAUCAUGGAAGUGGAAUCCCCCUUAAGGAGGACUGAAGCAGAAGCCCCAGCAGAACAGACAAACACAACUGUUCUUGUGGAGACCAUCACCAAUAAGGCAGAAGCCAAGGUGGAAGCAGAGGUUCCUGCAGAGAAGGCAGAAACAGCAGCCCCAUCAGAUCAGGCAGAUGAAAAUCUGGAUGAGGAAUCCCCUGCAGAGAAAUUUGGUGUGGAAUCUCAUGCAGAAAAGACAGAUGCAGAGAUUGUCAAGAAAAAAACUGAAGUGGAGGUUCCUGCAAAGAAGGUGGAUGUGGAAGAUUCCACAAAGGAAGCAAAAGUGGAAUCCUCCAUAAAAAAAGGAGAAACUAAUGUUGUCACAGAGACAGCAGAAGUAGAGGCCCCCAUAGAGAAUACAGAAACAAAGGCUGGUGUGGAGGUCUUCACAGAGAAGGUACGUGCAAAGGCAGAAAUGAAAACCCCUGCUGAGAAGAUGGCUAAGGAGGUCUCUUCAGAACAGUCAGAAGAAAUGGUGGAAGCAGAAGCCAUCAUCUCCAAACAUCCAGAACUAAAGGAGAACCUGCAGGAUGUGGAGAACGAGGUUAGCUUUCAGUCUCAUAUGGAAGAUACUUCGAGUUCAUUAGCAACAUGCGUUGAGGUAAUUUCAGAGCAAAUAUCUGUGGAUAGUGACAAGACUGAAGUGCCUGCGCAGAGAGAAAUGCAAGAUGUUUCGCUUUCCUUAGAAUUGCAAUGCACAGAAGGAAUUGCAGUUGAGGCCCCAGAAAAUAAUGAGCUGAAGAAUGUCACACUUGUAGAAUCAAAGUGCACAAAAGGAAGUGUAAGUUGGACUGUGGUACAAAAGGAAAUACAUACAUCUCCUAUAAAGACUGAAGUAGAAACAUUGAAGUGCAUGGGCAAUACUGCAGCCCAAGAUCAUGUGCAGAAUGAAAUGGAAGAUGCUGUUACUUUGGAAUCAAAAUACACUGAGGCUGAGAUAACUCAGGACACUGUGAAAAAUGAGGUGGAUUCUGUGAAAAAAGAGAUUGGAAACAUAGAGCUAGCAAUUGAAAGAAAAUCCGCAGGAACAGUGGCAACUGAAGCUUUAAAGGCCAGAGUAGAAGAAAACAUUCUCAUUUCAGACUCUGGAUGCAUAAAGAGCAUUGUCUCAGAUGCCUUCUUGAAAAACAAAGGAGACAGUACUCUGUCAGAUCUAGAAUCGGAAGGCAGAGAAGCAGGUUUAAGUGGGAUAUCUGUACAGACUGAAGCAUGUCCUCCUGAUAAAUUGCCCCUGGAAAUAGCCCUCCCACUUUCUGAGUCAACAGCAGUUUCAGAUAGUUGUCUGAGAAGGCAACCACUGUCAGAUAAAGUGCUAAUAAUGGAAACAGAAACAUCAGCAGAAAAAAUUGAACUUGCUGGCGGAGAGAUACUUAAUGUAGCUCCAGUGCAGCAAGAGAUUUUCACUGAGCACCAGGACACCACUGACAUUCCUGAAGUGCAAAGUUAUGAAGCUCAAAAAUGCUCUUUAGCAGUUACAGCUGUAACAGUUGAAGAGCAGGUCAUUGCAGAGAAUGUCACAGUUACCGAAAUAUCUGCUGAAAACUUGCAAUCUUUACUAGAGGUGCCACAAGAAAUGGUGUUCAAAACAGUGCAGCCCGUGAGCUGUGCUCAUUCAGGACUUGGAGCUCUGGGUCCUGAUAUGGAGGCAGUGUUACCGUCUGGGAAGGCAGAUUCAGUGGUAGAGAACACAGUUUUACCAGCAGUAACAUGUACCAAAGAUGAUUUGAUCCAGAAGUGUGCAUUUGAUUCCAUCCCUGAAAUGAAGCUUCAAAAAUUAGAAUCCAGUCAAGAAGGUGAAAAAAAGGCGACACCUCCAGAAAGAAGCCCUUCUUUAACCCAUGUAGAAUUUCAAAAAGAUGUGGUUCAAUCUGUGAUGAUGGAGUCACAGAGUACAAAAAUUGUGCUGAAAAUCAUCCAGAAUGCUGUUGAUAAAUUGGAGGAAACAGAAGAGCUGCCAUCUACGUCAAAGCAGCAGAGUGAAUCUUGUCUAAAGGGUGUCAGUAAAUCUGAAAUUCAGGAGGACUUGCAGACCAUUAAGCUACUUUAUGAAAAAAGCAAAGAAGAGAAAAAUCAAGAGAUCCUGCCUUCAACUCUAAUUUUAGGUCAAUCUGCAGAGAAUCAAGAUGCCUUCAGAAUGGCAGAAGAAAUGUGUUUAACUUCUGGUAAAUCUGAAGAUGGAAACAUUUGGGGUUCCAGAAAGUCAGAUGCUAAACUAAAACCAGUAAAAUUCAUGUCGCAUCCAAAUGAACAAUCAUGCACUAUGACAACAUUAGUGCAAGUCCCUGGAUCUCUGAAUGAAGUUGUGAAAGAGAUUAAAGAGACAGAUUUGCAGAAAGAAAAUGGUGAACCAAAGCUUCAAUCUGAAGUUGAUACAGCUGCUCCAACCAAGACUAAAAGAGCCACAGUGGAAGACGCUGUCUCAGGAAAUCUACUCAAGUCACUUGAAGUAAGCCAUCCAAAACUAAAAAAUGUAGAAGUUGGGCAGACAGUUCAAAUUCAACAACAACUUAUAGAACAACAAACACAUGUGAAAAAGGAAGACCACAGUCAAUUAACAGGAUUUGUGGAGACACACACAGAGAAAGAUGUAAAUAAUAAAGACUACACAACUUGUGAGAGUCCACAGCUAAAAUCAGAGCUCACUGAAUCCUGAGGUUUAAUUUCUGUGAAAGCUAUGUCUUAUAUUUGGAGGGACCAGUUCCUGAAGAAGGCAACAGAAUGGAUUCUGCUUAACUGGGCUGAAGGUCACUGAUUUUGAACAGUGAGAACAGAUGUCUGAUGUCAUUCUGAGAAAGGCACCUGACAAUCCUGAGACAGCAUCAGGAGCUUGAGCCAUCUCCUUUUACUAUUGAUUGUCAACGCUUCCUCUUCACAAUACUCUUUUAUAUAUAUUUUUUGCUUAUGAGUUGGGGAUGGGUGGGCAGAAAGUGUCAACUUUUGAUGAAACGAUGUCCAUACCUUAACCUGGGAAGGAAGUUGGCAUCUUCUAAGAUCCCCGUUUUUAUCAGUGCUUCCAAAACUGGAUUGUAAUUCUUUAUGUAUUUAUGUCUAUAUCUUCAAGCAAAAUCUGAUUUUAAUGUAUAUUUCCUCUUUAUAUGUGAAAAAAAGAAAAGAAAGUAAUCUCAUAUGUCUUACCCAGUAUAGAAACAAGAACAUGUGACUAAGAGGGAAAUAUUAUGACUGGGCUACAGCUGGCCACAAUUGGAUCCCAAUACAUUUAUGUUGGCUUUCCAUUGUGUGUGGGGAAGGAUGUGAGAACCAUGUUUACUGCUGUAUUUGGUCUUGCUUCUGUAAAAGUCAUGAUCAAAAGGCAUAGGUUUGCUAUGGAAUAGUUGUGUUACCCAUUUAUUAAACGGAACUUUUAUUUUCCAUCCCCAUUUAUAAGCAUGGCACUGUUGGCAUUGUGUGUUGAAAACAUGUCAGCUAUAUUCAAAUUGAGUUAGGUGUGCUUAAAAAAGAUUAUUUCAGUGUACUUAAGCCUACCUAAGUCUGCAUUGGCUUUCACAUUUAUUUUAGUAUACUUUGAUUCUGAGGGAAUGUGGGAAGUCUUUAGAAGUCAGGCAAAUAAAUGGCCACUUCAAAUUGUUCCCUAGCCUUGAGGUAUGAUCCAUUUAAGAAAUUAUCAUACCAUAACUUUAAGCAAAUGUUGAACUGGUUUUAAAAACUAUCAAGAAAAAUAAAAAUGUUUGUGUUUUUAACAUAAUAUUCAAUGUUUUCCUGUUCUUUUAACAUAUCCAUGCCAUAAAAUGAGACAAUUUCUUUUCAAAAAAGUUUUUAUGAGUAAAGGAUUAUGUCUGCUCUGUAUUUGGUUCCCUUGGCAGGAAAUUGUAUUUCAUUAUGCUUAUGUACAGUUAGUCAACUGUGAUUUCUAAAAAGUGAUUUAAAUAAAUAUUUGGCUUAGCUUUGCGCUUCUAAUUAAAAAUUUUAAAAUCCCACAACAACCUAGGAAAGCUUCAGCAAAAGUCAGUCACUCUCAGUUUUGUUAACAGACAAUUUUAGGCUUUAGUACUGGUCAGUAUAGGUUGUGCAUAAAAACUAGGCAGGCUUGGAAUGCUAAGUAAUUCAACAAUUAAAAUGUUCAAAGCAUCUAGUGUUUUAUCUUUUAGACACCAAACAUGUCUAGCAGGUCAAGUUAUAUUGCACCUUGUAGUCUUCGCACCUAUCUCAGCUGAGUCUGUUGCAUGGCCCAGCAGCUUCACUGUCCUACAUGUAUAGUAAUUUAUUUGAAAAUGAUAUAAGUGAGCCAAAUGCCUUCUUUUAGGAGCUGCACCAUGAAUAAAGAAAAGUGUCACUGGUGUGAUAGCACCAUCUAGUGGUUGCUGUUUGCCUAUUGUAGCUUAGAAACAUUUUUGGCUAACAUACUGCCUUUCCUCAAAUUGAGUAUAGAAAUAUAAGAGUUUCUUAAAAUUAAUCUAAGAUAUCUGAAAUAGCUCUGUUAAUAACAUGCAAAAUAAUAUAUAACCUUCUCAAUGUAUUGCAAUACAUGCAGUUCUGUGAUGAAGUACCAGUUAUGAAAAUUAAAAGUGGAAAGUUGCUUUCUAUAAACCUUGAAGUAUGGCAACAGAGGGUUUCUUUGAACAUCAGAUAUAAAGCUGUGGAAUAAUUUUAAAUAAAUGGAUAAGAAAAGUUGAGUAACCACUUUCUUAACGUGUAUUUACAACUACCUUCACUGUGACAUAAGUCCUCUGUAGCCACAGUGCAAUACAUAAUUUAAUCAUUUUGGUAAUCAAAACUUUUUGGAUUUUCAUGUAGACAGUUAGCAAAUUGGCAACUUGGAUAAUUGUUUUGCUUUUAAAUUACACAGUCAGACCAGUGAGUUGGGGCAGGAAAUCCUGAACAGCAAAUUGAAGUGGAGAGUGCCCCCAUCUCUUUAUUGGCAGGUAUUGAGCAGUGAUGCCAGAGGCAGGAGGAUGCUAUGUCAGCAAUGUGUAGUUGCAAUGUUGACUGGCCAGCAUUGCCUUUCACAGCCAGAAGCUGCUUAGUAGUGAGCCUACGCCAUCUGUCUCUUAAUGGAUACAGGUACACAACAAAACGACAAAGUAUUACCUCCCACCCCAUCUCAGUAGCCCCAUCAACUGAGUUAGAGGCAAAACAAUUAUCCAGGUUGCCAAUUAGGCAAGUCUUUUCUUGUAUUUAUUAACUCAUCUCCAAAAAAUGGCCUCCCCCUUCCCCAUCUCACCUGUUUUGCUCCAAAUCUAAAGUAGAACAUUUGUAUGUUCUGUUAAAAAUCACAUUUUAGGGCAAGGUGUGUUACAUUUGUAGGACAUGGUAAGGGAGAUUAAAACCAAUAACCCUUUCACUCUAAGUGAUAGUUUGUCCAUGAAGUCUCUCUGCUAACAAAACCAGUGAGCUGCUUAAUGUGAGCACCACAGCAUUUAUCUCCCUGAAAAUUAGAUGGUGUGUAUACACAAAUUAGCAUGUGCCUCCUUUUGGACUUUGUAUGAGAAGAUAUGAACUCCUUGAUAUCAAUGAACCUGUGAGAAAGUUUAGUUUAUUUAGUGCAAAAUGAAAACUUUAAAAAGUAUUGAAGGUUACAGCUCAGUGGCCUUCAAGAGAAAAAAAUCACAGGAGCUUGUUUGUGGAUCAGUUAGCUAUAUCCCAUAUGUGUGUCUACAAUGUGUUAAAAAUAUGUGAAAUGCUCAGUAACGUGUGUCCCAAAAUUAUUUGGGGAGUCUUUCUCUCUACCAGCAUUGGCAGCUUCCCCAUUUUGAGUAUGAAUUACAAAGUUUGUUCUGAUUGCCAAAUGUUAGAUUGCUUACUUUCAUUGUGUGCUUUACAACAGGUCUGUCAUUGUCCGUGGACUUCAUGUGGCCCACCAGUCAUGGGUUUUUAGAUGCUUGAUGAAAUGUUCAGUGUCCAAUUCAGUUACAAAAGGUUCAUCAUGCACCUGGCAGGCCCCCAAAUACAGUGCUAAGCAAAUGGGAAACCAGUUGUUUAUAUGAAUUGUAAUGUGUGUUUGGAAAGCCAUAUUGCUGUAACUGCAACAAGCUAAGCAGUUUAAUAAUUUUAAAAAAAUCCAGUGGCAUGGCCUAUGUUAUCCUGGUUCUAAUCUUUAUAGCUCUGAGGCGGUUCAUAAAUAUGUAAAGUUAUCUAAACAUUUAAAUAAAACCUAAUAAUCAAAAUGUAAAUUAUCUGGCUAGAAGUUGGGGAACAAGCGCUUAGUUCUUGCUUGUUUUUUUUUUUUAAAUACUGAUCUAGGGCCUUUCUAAGCAAUGCAAAGAACACAAAUCGUAUUACCAAUAUUUCUUCUUUUAACUGACCUGUCUCAAAAAAGGCAAAAGCACCAAAAGAAUUUUUUCAUGGUGCAAGGAGCAUGUCUCCAUACAGAUACUGCUUUGUACCGUGUAUGCUUUGGCCUCAAAAAUACUCUGAUGAGGCUGCAAAUUUUAGCUUGUGCCACAACUCCAAGCUUUUGCAGUUUCUUCUAAUCCAGUGUAUUGGAUCAACUGAUAACUUUGAUUUUAUAUGUUGUUCUUAAGGUAGAUUUUCAUGGACUAAAUAAAAC